AUGUCUACAACACUGGAGCUUCGUAAAAUGAAAGGAAAACUCAUCCAGUUAUACAAUUAUAUCCAUAAUUUAUCAGAGCAGUUUCUUUCAAUGGACACAGUGGUGAACUCUCUGUUCGACCCUGCCAAUUCCCAGCCUCUCCUGGAUCCGGUUGCUUCCAAAAUGAAUGCCUUCGAAACGCGGCUUGAAAAUGUCACCGCCACUUUGACUAACCUUCAAAACCGCUUGGAGGAGGAGUUGGAUGAUGUGUUCUUGAAACUUUCCCAACUUAAAGAUAAUGUCUAUUUUCUGGAAUAUGUGCUGAAUAUCACCCAAAAGGAACAUUUAAAUUAUCACACAUCAACAACUCUACCCUUCCAAGAUAAAGAAAAGAAAUUAAAUACUCCGGCACUAUCAUAUGCAACAUCUAGUCAAAAUUAUAUUUCUGCUCUUCCAGAAACAGCAGCACAAGCUCCCUCAGCAGCAGUAGAUUCUGAAAUAUCGAAAGAGAAAUCCAAGAUGACCAUUUCAUUCAUAAAGAAUCUGACAGAUCUCCAAGUCUUUUUCUAUGGUGCUGACAGCGAUGCCAACGGAUAUUUAACGUAUGAGGAAAUCCAGAAUCUUCUUGGGGAAGAAACACCAGAGCGGGAACAGCUGGUGGUGUUUGAUGCUGAUGACAACGAGAUGUUCUCCUACCUGGAACUGAUGAGAGCCAUUAGACUGACAGAAUAAAGAAGAUGAAAGUUCCAGAAAGAACAAUUCAGAGCACUGGUUUGAUUUUAUUUUAUAACAAUGUCAUCCGAUUUUCACAAGACUUUAGCAAGAAUUACAGAGCUACAUCUGAUCUGGUUGCUAAAACUCUAGUUCUUCUGUAACUUCAUUCCUAAAGUUAUAUAGUAUAAUCGAAGUGCUAAUUCCACAUGUACAUAUCAAUAUCUAUCUCUAUAUAUACACGUGUGUGUAUAUAUAUAUAUCAUUUGCUUCAUUUUUCUUUCUUUUGACCAAGGCUUAAUUAAUUGCUCAUGCUGGCAUUUUUAAGCCCUCCAGAAUUGUGUUCUUAGAAGUCUGACUUCUUGUUAUACCCAGAAGACAGCUUCAAGAUUGCCACCAAAUUGAUGAUUUUCAUAUCCCAGCCUUGGGAUUUGUCCAGAUACCUAGUUUCUAAUUGCCAGUUGAAUUCCUUGGUGAAUGAAAUGCAUAGAUAUAUGCAUUUCAAAAAUACAAUACCACAUACCAUUUAUACCUCGAAAUUUAAUUUUACAUACAAUUACCAUUUAAAACUCAGAAGUUCCCAUUUUCUGCUAUAAGGAAUGUUCAUGAACAUCAAUUGAAGGGUAACUAAAGUAGAAUUAACAGAAACAUGUAAAAUUCUCCCUUUCAAACACAUUAGCUAUUUCACACUGUAAUACAGUGCUGUGCUAACUAAAAGAUUCCUCAAUAGCAAAUCCCAGUAGCAAAAUUAUCUGUAUUUUUGAUUUCAGUACAAACAACUCUUGUCGUGGUAUCUGAUACUUCUGGCCAAGAUGGAAAGUCAAUACUAAUAUUAGGAUUAAGGAUUCAAGGUUUACUAAAACAUGUAAUAGGGAAUAAUCAUUUACUGUAAAAUAGGGUUGGAGUUAAAAUUGACUGUAGAUAGAAUCUAACACAGGAAUAAAGUAUUCAGUUGUAUAAAAUUCAGUAAGAACAUCAGGUUUCAUUAAUACAUGAAAAUGCUCUGUAAUACCUGAGACAUGUAAUGCUGAUAUUAGGCUUUGUUAUGUAGACCUACAUUAUUAUCACUGUUUCAUUUGUGUGACAAUAUAAUCUUAUAUCUAAUUCUGAUGUUCCAGCCUGACCUGGAUUAUUUAUUGCUCUGUGGAACUGCUGGUAUUAGUACACUAACUAGGGAUAUUAUUAAUCCUGCAAAGUAUAAGAAUUAUUUCUUAAAUUGUGUCUUAUUUACCCAUGAGAAUAUGAAUUAUAUAACUGCCUUAUGCCUUUUGGUUUGUAAGUUUUGAAAACUAAGCAUUAUCAGUGCUGUCACUUCACUAGCAAUUAUUCAGCAACCCGAACACCCAAGUCAUUGGGAAUUUGUAAUAUUUUACUAUUGACAGUGAACAUUUCAACUGUAUGAAUUGCAUGGGUUUCUAAGGUAUUUCUAAACAAAAUUUCUUGCAGAAAUGUUUUGUUCUCUGCCAAAAAUUUUGCUAGCCUUCUUGUAUGAAAUAUAUGCCUUUAAAAGCUGACUACAAACCUUACUCUUAGAAAUAAGAAUUAGAAGCUUCUUCCUGUAUAUUUUGGAGAAUUUUUCCUAAUGGAAAUAAAAUAAUGACUCUUA